AUGGCGAUGAUGGUGGAUCCUCCGAAUGGAAUCGGGAGCCAAGGAAAGCAUUACUACACUAUGUGGCAGACCUUAUUCGAGAUAGACACCAAAUAUGUGCCGAUCAAGCCCAUUGGGCGAGGAGCUUAUGGGAUAGUUUGUUCAUCCAUCAAUCGUGAGACAAAUGAGAAAGUAGCAAUAAAGAAGAUACACAAUGUUUUCGACAACCGUGUGGAUGCACUACGGACCUUGCGGGAGCUGAAACUCCUUCGCCAUCUUCGCCAUGAGAAUGUCAUUGCUUUGAAGGACAUAAUGAUGCCAAUACACAGGAGGAGCUUUAAGGACGUGUACUUGGUCUACGAACUCAUGGAUACUGAUUUGCACCAGAUAAUCAAAUCGCCUCAGGGCCUUUCUAAUGACCAUUGCCAGUAUUUUCUUUUUCAGGUUAUACUUGGGUCACUCUUCGCUAUUCUGAAUGUACUCUUUCAUAUCUAUGUUGUUCAACAAUUGCUCCGAGGACUGAAAUAUCUCCAUUCAGCAGAAAUACUCCACAGAGACCUAAAACCUGGAAACCUGCUGGUGAAUGCAAACUGUGAUCUGAAGAUAUGUGAUUUUGGUCUUGCACGUACAAACAGUAGUAAAGGCCAGUUUAUGACUGAAUAUGUCGUCACCCGCUGGUACAGAGCUCCUGAACUGCUCCUCUGCUGUGACAACUAUGGCACAUCCAUAGACGUUUGGUCUGUUGGGUGCAUCUUUGCUGAGCUCCUUGGCCGCAAGCCAAUAUUUCCAGGAACUGAAUGCCUAAAUCAGCUCAAGCUCAUAGUAAAUGUUCUCGGCACCAUGAGUGAGGCUGACCUAGAGUUCAUCGACAACCCAAAAGCUCGGAGAUACAUUAAGUCCCUUCCCUACACUCCUGGUGUUCCCCUCGCAAGUAUGUACCCACAUGCGCAUCCUCUUGCCAUUGAUCUAUUGCAGAAGAUGCUUAUCGUCGACCCCACCAAAAGGAUUAGUGUCACCGAGGCUCUCGAGCACCCUUACAUGUCCCCUCUGUAUGAUCCAAGUGCAAAUCCCCCAGCCCAAGUGCCCAUCGAUCUCGACAUAGACGAAAAUAUCAGCUCAGAGAUGAUCAGGGAAAUGAUGUGGCAGGAGAUGCUUCACUACCACCCUGAAGUUGUCACAGCAAUAAGCAUGUCGUGA